AGAAGCCACGUCGGCAGCUGCUGGGGUGCCGCAGAAAUGGAUUUUGAGGCAGUUGCAAAGUACUCAGCAUUACACCUGAAACCAGCUGGACUUAGCCUUCAGUAUGGAACUGCUGGAUUUCGUACCAAGGCAGGACAUCUUGAUCAUGUCAUGUAUCGCAUGGGUUUGCUGGCAGUACUAAGGUCCAGGCAGACCAAAUCUACUAUUGGAGUCAUGGUUACAGCAUCUCACAAUCCUGAAGAAGACAAUGGUGUAAAAUUGGUUGAUCCUCUGGGUGAAAUGUUGACCUCUGCCUGGGAAGAAUAUGCUACACGCCUAGCUAAUGCAGAAGAGCAAGAAAUACAGAGCAUACUGACUGAGAUCUGCCAGAAAGAAGCAGUGAAACUGCACCAAUAUGCCUCAGUUUUUAUUGGUAGAGACACCAGACCUAGCAGUGAGAAACUUUCACAAUCAGUAAUAGAUGGUGUAUCUGCACUAGGUGGUCAAUAUCAUGAUUAUGGUCUGGUAACAACACCACAGCUGCAUUACAUGGUCUGCUGUCAAAAUACUCAAGAGCACUACGGGAAGGCAACAGUGGAAGGUUACUACCAGAAACUGUCCAGAGCUUUUGGGGAGCUGACAAAACACGCUUCCAGCUCUGGGGAUGACCAGAUGUGUCUGAAGAUAGAUUGUGCAAAUGGUAUAGGAGCCCUGAAACUAAAAGAAAUGGAACGUUACCUUCCAAAGAAACUGUUAAUUCACUUAUAUAAUGAUGGAACCAAAGAGAAACUCAAUCAUUUAUGUGGUGCAGACUUUGUGAAAGUUCAUCAGAAACCUCCUCUGGGUGCUGCAUGGACAAACUUGGAGCAUAAAAUCCCACUGUCCACUCCACUGAGAAUAGGACAAACUCUAAAGAUAGCAGUGGUACAAACAGCAUAUGCUAAUGGAAGCUCUACACGUUAUCUUGAGGAAACCAUGAAGGUGCCUGUUCAUUGUACCAAAACAGGAGUAAAGCAUUUGCAUCACAAGGCCCAGGAAUUUGACAUUGGAGUUUAUUUUGAGGCAAAUGGGCAUGGCACAGUAUUAUUUAGUAAAGCUGCUGAAGAGAAAAUAAGACACAUGGCAAAAGAAGAAAAAGAGAAUCAAAAAAGAGAAGCUGCAAAGAUGCUUGAAAAUACCAUUGAUCUGAUUAAUCAAACUGUGGGUGAUGCCAUCUCAGAUAUGCUGGUGAUUGAAGCAAUCUUGGCUCUAAAGGGUUUGACAGUGCAACAGUGGGAUGCCAUCUACUCAGAUCUUCCCAACCGACAGCUGAAAGUUAAGGUUAGUGAUACUGUAACAUUGGCCAGAGUUUAGUGGUCAGU